AUGUCGCUAAGACUAGGUUUAUCAAGAAUUCGUCAGCUUUUGGAUUAUCUUGGAAAUCCACAAAAUUAUUUCCAAGCAAUUCAUGUUGCUGGUACUAAUGGGAAGGGAUCAGUGUGUGCAUAUCUUUCUUCUUAUCUUAAUUUUUCAGGAAUACGUGUUGGUCUUUAUUGUUCACCACACUUGAUGGAUCGUUGGGAUUGUAUUAAGGUUGCUGGUGAAGUUGUUGAUAAAGAUAUAUUUUUUCGGAUUGAAAAUAAGAUAAAGAUUUUAAAUCAAGAGCAUAAUGUUGGAGCAACUGAAUUUGAAAUUAUGACAGCUGUUGCUUUUGAGAUAUUCUAUAGAAGUAAAAUUGAGCUUGCUGUUAUCGAAACUGGAGUCGGUGGAAGGCUUGACGCUACUAAUGUAUUAUCACGGGUUCUGCUUACAAUUAUUACCAAGAUAAGUACAGAUCAUCAAGAAUUAUUGGGUAAUACAUUAGAAGAUAUUGCAAAGGAGAAAUCUGGUAUUAUGAAAAAUAAUGUUCCUUGUGUUGUUGAUGGUGCAAAUGAAGAUUCUGUUUUGAAAGUUAUUAAGGAUGAAAGUAUUAAGUGUGAAUCUGGGCAGAUUAUUUUAGCUACUAUGGAUUUAGACAAAUCAAUUUAUAUUCAACAAUGGAAAAAAAGUGAAAUUAAAACUAUAUUGGAUAUAAGUUAUCAGAGAAAUAAUCUUGCAUGUGUUUUGGUAUCUUUGGAAGUUUUAUCUAAAUAUUAUUCAGUAAUUACACCUAAAUUUUUCUCGGAAGGAUUUUUACGGACUUAUUGGCCAGGGCGUUUGGAAUGGAUAGAUUUGUCUCAAAUAGCUUUCGGUGCUGAUAAAAUUCUUCUUGAUGGUGCACACAAUAUUGAAGGUAUGCAUUCUCUUUCUAAAUAUGUUAAUAGUAUUCGUUCUGGAACUCAUUCUGUUUCUUGGUUAAUUGCAUUUAGUCAAACAAAGGACGCUGAUUCUUUAUUAUCUAUACUAUUAAGACCUUAUGAUAAAGUAUAUUCUGUGGAAUUCGAAACUGUAGAUGGAAUGCCAUGGGUAAAGGCUAUGAGUUCUCAUGAUAUUGCUAAAAAGGCUUUGAAAUAUGUAUAUAAAGAAAAUAUUAUACAAUAUAGCACAGAUUUGUUUUCUGCAAUUAAGUCUAUUAGUCAAGAUAAAGGUUUACGAAUAAUAUGUGGUAGUCUUUAUUUAAUAGGUCAAGUGCAUAGACUUUUACGUAAAUGUUGUUUUGAUAAAAAAAUAAUAUAA